AUGUUGCUUGUGGAGUUCAUUCAGGCGGGCGGAACCCAAAGGCUAAGAGGUCAAAUUGUCCAGCGGCCGGAAAAGGAGGAUGAUGUGGUGAAUGAAACCUGCCACGAAAGGGGGCAUGCGGUGCUGAAACUGGUGGGGCUCAGCAAGCCGGGCGCGCCGGCGCACUUCCUCAGCUUCGAUGCCACGAAGAAGUUGGCGAUCCUUUCGGUGCGAGGCACGAAGACGCCAGCGGAUGCCCUGACAGACUUGGCAGGGGACAUCCAACAGCGAGAUCUUGAAGAUGGCAAGAAGCUGUAUGCACAUGCUGGUUUCUUGACUGCAGCAGAUUCUGUGCUGCAGAGCAUCAGAGGUGCCGUCAGGGAUCUGUUGGCGCCCCUGGGAUACUCCCUGCUGGUGACGGGCCACAGCCUGGGAGCCAGUACUGCGUGUUUGGUGACGCGCCUGCUGUAUGCCGAAAUGACCUCCUGGAGUUCCCAGCUCUCCUCCAUUCGCUGCGUUGCUUUUGCGCCCUGCCCCUGUAUGGACGCGGUGAAUGCAGCUGGUUGUGCCGAGUCCCUCGACCCUUCCACGUCAUUGGUUCUCAGUUUUGUGUGCAAUGAUGAUGCCGUUCCUCGAAUCAGCAUGCAGAACCUGGGGCGCCUCUCGUUGCUGGGGAAGGGCGCCAGCGUCAAGGAGGUGCUGCAGCUGGCCGUGGCCAGUCGGCUGAGGGACUCGGAUCAACAUCUGCCUGGGAAGGUGGUGGUGCUGCACCAGAAUGAGGAGGCAUCCAGCGAUGAUUCAAAGACCUCCAAGAGACCUGGAAGAUGGACGGCCUGGGCCGGAAAUGCUCCAGACUUUCCAGAGAUUGGAUACGUCGAGCUGUCACCCAAGAGCAUUACACAUCACAUGGCUCCGGUGUACCGGGAGGCCCUAGCUGUCGUGGCUUCCAAGCGUGGUAUUGCCUUGGAAGCAGCCGCGCGAGCAGAUGAAGCCUUUGCAGAUUGGCGAUUGCGUGUGGGAGAUCAUGCAGAUCAUGCAGCCUGA